AUGGCCGUCGCAAGAAGGGAACUCUGGAGAACUCAUACGAAUGAGUUACUGGAGUUGUUGCUCCACAAAGAGCUUAUUCAAUCAGCGAAGGAGAAGGGCUUUCAAAGAAACAAGCUGCUCAAAGAGGCUCGGAUAAAGAAGCUGAGUAGGGUUAAAGACAGAUCACAACGCUUCAGGGAAAAGACUGAUGGGAAGAUUGCAAAGUUAAUGCAUGUAGAUGUGCAGCUACAAUCUGUCACUGGGGAUUUGAAGCAAAACGAUGGUCAAGCAUUAGCUGAAGAGCUUACCAACAAUGAGUUAGAGGAUGUAGUGCGGGGAAUCUAUGCUAGUAGAAGCCCUGGAAGAACUGAGGCGAACCUUAAGCGAAAAAGUGCAAGAGAAGUGGUAAGAGAAGACACUUUCCGUGGAGAAAGUGAAGACCUUCAAAGACAUCAUAAGGCUAGGCCUCUCCUAAGGGUAGAGAAGAGACAGGGAUAUCUGACGGCUAAGGAGGAAGCAGAUAGCCUUAGAUCAGGAAAGCUGAGGAGGGCUCAGACUGGAGAGGUAGAAGAAGAGAAGUAUAGACUGAUCACAACGCUCCAGUCUGAAGAGGAAAUAAGGUAG